AUGACGAACACAAUAGCCAACUUCUUAGAAAUCGUCGCCGAAAACAAUCGCCUAAAACACCUAAAACUUAUGGUCAACCAAUUCGACGAGCUCAUGAAAUCCGCCAGAGGCGAAGUAGUGGUCAGAGUAACCUCUGCAAUUAAUUUGGACGAAGAACAAACAGCCAAUUUACAGGAAACCUUAGAGAAAUUCCUAGCAUUCGGCGACAAACCGCAAAUGGAACUAGUUGUGGAUCCUUCAAUAAUCGGUGGCCUAAUUAUCAAGAUCGGAGACAGGUUGAUCGACAUGUCCGUUGCUAGAAAAAUCGAGUAUUAUAAGAAGUUGAUGUCGAUACCGGUUUAUAAGUAA